AUGCCCCAAGGCCAUGGGACAAGACUGUCCCUCCCAUCCAGGACCAACAUAAAAGCUAGCCCAGAGCCUCUCUCCCUCACACACUUCUCACACCUUUUCCUCCUGCUCCUGCUGACAACAGGGAUCAUCCACACCACACCCAUGGCCUGCAACAGCCUCUGCCGACCCUGCGGACCCACCCCGCUGGCCAACAGCUGCAACGAGCCCUGUGCCCUGCAAUGCCAGGACUCCCGCGUCAUCAUCAACCCUUCCCCUGUGCUGGUCACCCUGCCAGGACCCAUCAUGACCUCCUUCCCCCAGAGCACCGCCGUCGGAUCCACCUCCUCGGCUGCCGUGGGCACUGAACUCAGUGUGCAGGGACAGCCCAUCUCUGGGGGAUUUGGUGGAUUUGGUGGCUUUGGCUAUGGCCGUGGGUUUGGCUAUGGGCUGGGCUGUGGCUAUGGUCUGGGAGGCCUGGACUGCUAUGGCAGAAGGGGCGGCUACAACUGCUAA